AUGCCCUACGAGAAGAAGGCAGUACACUUCGGCGGUGGUAACAUCGGCCGUGGCUUCGUCGCCGAGUUCCUUCACAACUCUGGUUACGAGGUCGUAUUCGUCGAUGUCAUGGACAGCAUCAUCGAGUCCCUCCAGAAGACCUCCACAUACACUGUCACCGAGAUUGGUGAUGACGGCGAGCGCAAGUUCACCAUCGACCACUACCGCGCUAUCAAUUCCAAGCACGAGAUGGACAAGGUCGUCGAGGAGAUUGCCACCGCCGACGUCGUCACCUGCGCUGUCGGCCCCAACAUUCUCAAGUUUGUCGCUGAGCCCGUUGCCAAGGCCAUUGAGGCCCGCAAGCUCGACUAUCCCAUCGCCGUCAUCGCCUGUGAGAACGCCAUCAACGCUACAACUACAUGGAAAGGCUUCAUUGAGGGCAAGCUGAGUGAAGAGACCAAGAAGAACAUCGACAGCAAGGCUCGCUUUGCCAACUCAGCUAUCGACCGCAUUGUCCCACAGCAGCCUCCCAACGCUGGCCUGGACGUUGUCAUCGAGAAAUUCCACGAGUGGUGUGUUGAGCAGAAGCCAUUCGAGAACGGCGGCAAGAAGCCGGAUGUCAAGGGCAUUCACUACGUCGACGACCUCGAGCCUUACAUCGAGCGCAAGCUCUUCACCGUCAACACCUCCCACGCCACUGCCGCCUACUACGGACACCAGAACAAGGUUGAAUUCAUCCACGAGGUUCUCCAAAACAAGAAGCUCCACGAUAUCGUCCGUGACGCUGUCAAGGAGACUGCCCACCUGAUUGUCACCAAGCACGGCGUCAAGACAGAGGAGCAAGAUGAAUACGUCGAGGAGAUCAUCAAGCGUAUCUCCAACCCCGUCCUCAAGGACAAUGUCGAGCGUGUCGGCCGCGCUCCUCUCCGGAAACUCUCUCGCAAGGAACGCUUCAUCGGCCCCGCCGCUCAGCUGGCUGAGAAAGGUGAGAAGGUCGACGCUCUCCUCGGCGCAGUCGAGCAGGCCUACCGCUUCCAGAACGUCGAGGGCGACGAAGAGUCUGCGGAGCUGGCCAAGAUCCUCAAGGAAAACUCCGCUGAGGACGUCGUCACCAAGGUCAACGGCAUCGAGAAGGGACAGCCCCUCUUCGACAAGCUUGUCGCCAUCGUCAAGAAGGUCCAGGAAAGCAGCUGA